AUGAAGCAGGAAGAGGUCAAUCUUGCCUACUUGCCUGGAAACAACAACAACUACAACUGCUUGGCCAAAGAAUUGAACAGCCUGCAGCUGCAAGCGCUCUGUAAAGUCUGUCCCAACCGCUUCUGCUUGGUGUCCUUCCAUCCGGACCAAUGCAAAUCGCUGGACGUCGUUGACAAACAAGGCCAAGGUAGCCAUGCCCGCAACUUGCCUGUCUUGCCCACCCAAGCCCAUCCAAGACACCCGCAUCUUCUCAUCACAAGCUCGCACGACUGCACAAUCCAGGAGUUGAAUUUCGAGCGUCAACAGAGCACAGAGAUCGUCAAUUUCCAGGCUCUCUCUCCCGCUGACACCAUCCUCUUCUCCGCCUUUGACUUGUCAAACCACGGCCGCAAGCUUUGGGCCUCCGACACCGCCGGCGGGCUUGUCCAUUGCAACCUCCGCCAACCCAAUUCUUCCGCCUGUUGUUGGACAGCCUCUAAGAAGAAGAUCAGCUGCCUCACUAUCUAUACCCACUCUGGAGACAGACUGGCAGUGACUGCCAGACUGAACCAAGAGAUGUGGUAG